GUGAGGAACGUGAUGGCCAGCAAGCCCAAGAACAAUUCGGAUGCCAUCUUGGCACUGCGCGAAGUGAGAGAGCUGCUGCUGGAGGAGGUGGUCGGCCAUGGCCAUCAUGGCCCAGAUGAGUACACCCGAGGCGGUGUCAAGACAUGCAAGCAGAGAAUGCCCAUCGAAGGUCUUGUCCAAGACAAGUUCUACGAGGGCAAAAUUGUGAAGAAGACUCGCGCAGGAUUGAUUAUCGACAUCAACUCGGAGUGUUUGGGCCUUCUCCGUUGGAGAUUGCUCAAAGGAGUUCCCAAGAAGCUUCAAAAGGUUGGAGGCUUCUUGGCAAACUUGUUGGUCACAAAGAUAGACAAGGCAGAGCAGCGCGUCAUUCUGAAGCUGCAAGGAAUAGGUUUCAGCCACGACACCGUCGAAGAAACGUGCUACAAGGACAUCUAUGGGUAUGUCCACCACUGGUCCCAGCUCCCUGGUGCUCCUCCUUAUGCUCGACUUGUACCACCACUUGCAGAGACCAACGCAGAUUCCAACGCCCGGGUGAACCGACCGCUGGCGCCACGAGACAAGCGCCUGGCCCGAUGGGGCAAGAACGGCCCCCGCAGCUCCUGA